GCUGGGCACACCCCAAGCACCCCUGCCAGACAGCCUCGGUUAGUGCCAGAAAAUAGUUUAGAGGAACAGGUCGGGGAAUGAUCAUUAGUAACUCGCCAGGCUAUAGUCAAAACAGCCAGGACCCCUCACCAGGGAAUCCAAUGCCACUUACGCCUCACCUUCAGAAUCAGCUUUACGAGAAGCAAGAUUACAGGAUUUCUUUUCUACUAGAAAUCCUUGGGUUUGAUUCUCGGCUUUUACCAAUCCAUCCUUCCCGUCACAUAUCUAGUUGACAUCUCCAAUUCCCCCCAAUAGCUCUUCCCGCACCAUCUCAAAUGCCCCACUCACUUCAAUCGCUGAACUUUCUAGGUCCUCAAGCACUGGGCUCGCAGUUUGGGGCACCGCUUCCGCGGACGCACUUGUCGCCAUCUCGCGGACCACCUUUUACCCGCGGAGAUCAAUCACAGCAAACAGUCUCGCCAUUACCGCAAAACCAGCCUCCGAACCACUCCUCGAUCUCAACGCCUCGGGAUCAUCGACAUAUGCGCCCUACUACGCAACAGUAUCCCGCGCCCCAAUGCCCCCACCAACAGCAAUCGGCCCUGGGUGGGCAGGUCAAACCACGGGAAUAUCCGUGGACUGGUGCCAGAAGGCCUCAAUUCCCACAUCGUCCUCAGCGCAACAGCCCUGAUCAGCAUUCGGGCCUUCAUCCCCCUCCCCCUCCUCCUCCUCUGCCCCCAGAUAGUCUCGAUCAGUUCCCCCCCUUGGAACGGAGCCCCUCAAAAACAUCCUACCCAAACCUCCUCCACCUAAAUCGCCACAGAAAAAUACAUUGGGACAAACUCAACAAAGGACAUAGCACCAACCGCUUCCAUUGCGGAGCCGUCCACUCCCUCAGUGGAAACCAGCGUUUCGAAACCCGCAAGUGUCUCCACAUCCGGGGAAAGGCCGCAUCACUCCCCUCAGCUUAGAGCAGACGAUAUAUGAUCAGAAUACCAAUCUCCAGGCAUUUGAAAGGGAGAUUAUUGCGGCCGCUACACCAACUGCGCAGGAAUUCGCCGCCUAAGACCGGCAUUUGAAAAAAUGUCGAGCAAUCUGCCAAAGGAUCCUCCCGGAAGUAGAGUUGAUUCCCUUUGGAAGUCUAGCUAGUAAGUGCUACGUCUUUCAUUUUUCUCAACUUUUUCUCGACUGUGUACCUUGUAGCCAGUUUGGUUAAUAUCACUUGCUACAUCUCUAAUUUGAUUGCCUUGCUCUCCUCCAUUUUGUUGGUACCAUAGUUGGAUUCGCAAUUACUAAGUCUGAUCCAGAUGUCGUUCUCGUGUCUCCCUAUCAGGAGGGCUUUUUCUGCACCCCUGACAAGAGUGACGAAUCUAAUUCUCUGGCACAUAAUCUGGCGCAAGAAUUUCAGUCUGUGGGGUUCGUGAUUACGCUACUCUUAAAGUCCCGUGUACCUAUAAUGAAGCUAGGACUGAAGGCUACAGAUUAGAACUCAUUUGACUUGAGUUGCGACAUGGGGUUUAAUCAGGACCUGAGAGUGCAUAAUAUUAGGACGCCGCAAACACAUAGUCGAUGCGAUCCACAAGUCAAGGAAAUGGUUCUUUUUAUAAAGGUAUUUACGCUUGCACCAUAAUUCCAACCUCGCAAUCCCCUUGGCAGCUGAGAAUUUUGUGAGCUUGACACUAUCACAUGCCCGUGGUUGGCCAAGAGAAGAUAUAUCAAUAGCCCAUACCGUGGUACCCUUUCUUCCUACGGCUACGUUCUCAUCAUUACCCCGUUUGUGAUCAAAGUGGUUGACACCCCUGUUUUGAUCAAUCCUCGGAACCCCACGAUCCCCGAAGACGCACCGCCUGACCAGAUAUUUGGUGAGGGUGGCGAAGGAGAGCAUCAUGUUUGGUAUGCUAAAGAUAUCGAAAUUCUUCGCAAGACCACGAACCAAAUGUAUGUCAGCCAGAUCCUAAAUAGCUUCUUCGAAUACUAUUCACAUAGGUUUCAAUGGGGAAGAGAGGUCAUCUUCAUCCGGACUCAAGGCGGCAUAUUUAGUAAGUAAGGUAAGGGGUGGGUUACGGCUGUUGCUAGGCCGGGGAGGAGCGGGCAUACUCAGAUAAAAGACAGAUACUUGUUUGCCAUCGACGACCCAUUCGAAAUCAACUACGGCGUGGCCGGGAUCUGCAACCCCACCGGAAUAGACAGGGUUCGAGCAGAGUUCAAAAGAGCCUUGAACAUUAUUAGGUUUCGCGAUGGUGGGAGGUCAAUGAGGGAGCUUUUAUACAAGGAGGCGGCAGUGGGGAAACCAUGGGUUAGGAGGGAAGAUGACAAGGGGAUCGAUUGGAAAUCUAAUCCAGAUCAAAGUGCUAACAGA